AUGGAGCCAAACGAACACCGAGUAUCUCCUUUGGGACAUGCUGUUUCCUCAGACCAGUGUUUGGGUUUGGUUUAUACCCAGGUGUCUCUUAAGAAAACUGAUCACCGUGUUGAUAGGAUGCAGAGCGCCGACAUUAACACAGAUCCUGUUUUGGGCUGGAAAAAAAGAUUUUGUGGCGAAGAGGCAGCAGUUGCUUGUCGCAGUGGUACGCUGGCUGUCGGUGCUGCGGAGGGCAGAAAUAACAAUAAACCAAACUCAGUGCUUGAAGUUCAGUCUUGGACUGAGAGACAGAAACUUUAUGGAUUAGCACUGUACGUAUAUGAAUAUCUGCUCCAUGUAGGAGCACAGAAAUCAGCCCAGACGUUUUUAUCAGAGAUAAGAUGGGAAAAAAACAUCACACUGGGGGAACCCCCAGGAUUCUUGCAUUCCUGGUGGUGUGUAUUUUGGGAUCUCUACUGCGCAGCUCCAGAAAGACGAGAAACAUGUGAACAUUCAAGUGAAGCAAAAGCCUUUCAUGACUAUAGUGCUGCAGCAGCUCCCAGCCCAGUGCUAGGAAACAUUCCCCCAGGAGAUGGCAUGCCAGUAGGUCCUGUACCACCGGGGUUUUUUCAGCCUUUCAUGUCCCCUCGGUACCCUGGAGGUCCAAGGCCACCUUUAAGAAUACCCAAUCAGGCACUCGGAGGUGUCCCAGGAAGUCAGCCAUUAUUGCCUAGCGGGAUGGACCCAACACGGCAGCAAGGGCAUCCAAACAUGGGUGGGCCAAUGCAAAGAAUGACUCCUCCAAGAGGAAUGGUUCCGUUAGGACCACAGAACUAUGGAGGUGCAAUGAGACCCCCACUGAAUGCUUUAGGUGGCCCGGGGAUGCCUGGAAUGAACAUGGGUCCUGGGGGUGGUAGACCUUGGCCAAACCCAACCAAUGCCAAUUCUAUACCUUAUUCUUCAGCGUCUCCUGGGAACUAUGUAGGUCCUCCGGGAGGUGGAGGGCCACCAGGAACACCUAUCAUGCCUAGUCCUGCAGAUUCAACCAACUCUGGAGACAACAUGUACACUUUAAUGAAUGCAGUACCACCUGGACCCAACAGACCUAAUUUUCCAAUGGGGCCAGGGUCAGAUGGACCUAUGAGUGGACUGGGUGGAAUGGAUUCACAUCAUAUGAAUGGAUCAUUAGGCUCAGGAGACAUGGACAGUAUUUCCAAAAACUCUCCCAGUAAUAUGAGCAUGAGUAAUCAGCCUGGCACUCCCAGGGAUGACGGUGAGAUGGGUGGAAACUUCCUAAACCCUUUUCAGAGUGAGAGCUACUCCCCUAGCAUGACAAUGAGUGUGUGAUCUGUUAACAAGUCUCGCCACGAAGACCACAGUGAGUUGGCCCUCUUCAGAGAGCUACUGCAGAAGAAAAUUAUUCGUCCCAGUGUACAGUUUAACAAAAGGAUCUCAGACACAAUCAGACCCACCAUUAUUUUUUUUCCUACCAUCUCCCCCGUUUUGUCAAGACAGUGGGUCCCAAACAUGAUUGAGACAACUGUAAAGAGUGGCGUAACAGAACUGCCCAAGAUGGAACUGCAAACAAUUAUCUAUGUAUGUACAUGUGUGGGUUAAUGUAUAUGUAUGUGUGUGUGAUAUAGAAAUACACACAUACAUAUAUAGACCCACAGGACAUUGUAAAAAUACUAUCACAUGACAUCUUAAGUAGAAAUGAGAAGUAGGGACUUUUAUUCCUCCUUUUUUUUUUUCACGUUUACAUUUUAAUUAUUAAAAUUUGCUUUCCCUCUCCCCUCCUGAACUGUUUUAUGUUGCAUAUAUCACUGCUUUAUAAGUUAUUUUUUAAGGUGAACUCAAAUGAUAAAUUCUUCUGAUUUUGUAAAUGUCUGCCAUUAUGGAUAGGAAUAAAAUUGCUUGUAAGAGCUUUCAUUAACUUGUGUUUGCUACCAGUUACCCUGUGAAUCACAAAAUGUACUGUCUCAAGAAAUAGAAGAAAGCUCAUCUUAAUUUUUUGGAGAAAUUUAAUAAUUUUCACCUAGUUUGGUGAUUUUUUUUUUAUACUUUGCCUUUAAAAAAAGAAGCACUGAAGGUUAUUUCUCUUCUUUAAUUGAAGCCUAAUAUCUGCAAUAUCUAUUUUAAAUGGAAGCCUGAAUUUGAUACAAGCUUCUCAGUUUAUAUAGAGUACUAUAAGGUUACUGUAAGUGAGCUCCAAUUGCUAUAGAAUCUAGCAAUAAAGUAUCAGGGCUUCUUCUGCCCUUGGAAAUGAGUUUUCUAUUUAGCAUGAUCUUCCGUAGGGGUGGUAGUUAGUGGAAAUACGGUAGAGUCCUUAUCACCAAAUCCUUUUCUAGCAAUUUACUAUUCUGUUUCCCAUUUUCAGUAAUUCUCAGCCGAAUCAUAACAGUCUAUGGACCUAACUAUAAACAGUAUUUCCCAAGCCCAUUCAGAAAAAUCAGGUCACCCUGCUACUUGGGUGCAUAUUUUCCACCACAUCUACCAGAAUGAAUUCCCCCAAAACUUUCCAGUAAACAAUCUUCUUUUUUUCUUUUUUAGAGCCAAAAUGAUAGAGUAAACUUUUUAUGACUACUAGGCUUGUGAGGGUCUUACCUUUUGCCAUGAACAGAAGGGGAGCGAAGGUCUGGGCCAUUUUAUAAGGAAGUCAGCCUAUUAGACGUGAAAGCUGGGCAUAGAAUGGAGAAAGGGCACACAGUCUUAAAGGAAAUACUUCUGGAAGCAAUCCCAUGUCUCUUCAGGCAAAGCUCUAAAACCAAGAUUAUGGUACGUUUAGAUUCUAGUGACUUCCAGCUCCCCCAAGAAAACAAAAGUUUUCAAUUGUGUAGUGAUCAAGAGGUUGAUGAUCAGCGGUGCGGGCACAAAGUGGCUGAACAAAAAUUCAUGCCACAGACAAAAAGCAAAGUCCCCUCCUUGGACUUUGCAUAUAGAAGAGCCACUUAGCUGGGAGGAGCAGUUCUGAGAUGUAGUUAUGUCCAACAAGUCUUGCAAGGAGGGUUUUUUUAUGAGCUUGUGAUAAAGAAGUGUGUGUAAUGGGCUAAUUGUGAUGGUAGCUGCACGUAACAGGAUGUGUAAGGAAUACUACAAUCUCCUAGCUCGUUUUUAUUGACAUGUAUUAUAUAUACAGGCACAUAUAUGUGUACAUAUAUAAUAUAUGAAAAUAAAAAGGUGUAAUGCUUUUUACUCUCCUGUUAGGGCUAUUCAAAGAUGAAAAUCUUGGGAGGCUUAAAAUUAUGUUAAAAUAUCAAAAGAUUUUAGUAGCAUUAUUCUUUAGUAAUAAUAACUACUUUGAUUAGUUGUAAACGUAAACUAGAUAGUCAUUAUAUGGUUUUGUGGUCUUUAUUCCUAGUGAUUAUGAAGGUUACAUUCAUUUGCUUGUCUUUGGAAAACUCUUUGUUGUUGUCUGAAAAGAUGCUAGAAGCCCCCUGCUAUUGAUUUGAAUUACAAAACCACAGAAUCCGAUCUAAUUUCCAAAGACCCAUUGCUGUUGUCACUAACACCACUGGUUUCAGUGGCUGUGUCCCCAGUGCACCCCAGCUUCUCCCAUAAGCACUGCACAGUCCAGGCAUCUUUGCAGCCUGCAUUUGACACCUAUAUUAUCCUUGGUAGCCUUCUAAGAAGGACUUUAGGACUCUCUUCUGCCUAGUUUCAGUCAGACGAUGUCAUUGCUACUGGACUAAGGUAGAUGGCCAUGUCUGAACGAUGCAUCAAGUGCCAUGCACCAGGUAAGUGUGCCCUCGAGUGAGCUCUUGAACCGUUGAGUGCAUCUGGGCUCUGUUGCAUAUCUCCAGGGGAACCCCCCGCGCUGUCCCAUGCCAGGCUGGGGCUCCUGCUGGCCACCGUGUGUACACUGAGCACGCGGCAGCUGGCCGUGGUGGCAUCGCUCAGGGCUCUCCUACAAGACAAAGCACAUGCCGCCACUGCAGCUUCUUAAGCUGGCAAAGUUAAGCAGAAUCAGGGCUUAGUGCUAAUCAGAGACUUAAUUUUUUUUUCUUUCUGAAUUUGGCAUUAUCUACAGUAGUUUAGCUUACAGGCACCUGUUAACGAUGAAAGUCUGACCAUUAAAUUAAACGCAUGCAAAGAAACCCCUUAAAUGGAACACAUUGAAUAUCAUUCUCAAAAUGUGUUACCCUAACCUAUACACAAGAGCAUAACAUCCUUUCAAGCACAUAAUUUUUCUUCUGGAGUUCUUUCAAACUCCCUUCUGUACAGUUUUUCUUACUGCCAGCAUAUCUUUGUUUCCCCUCCCCAUUUCUUUUCCAAGACAUUUAUAUCACUAAACAUUGUUGCAUUGAUCCUCAGCAUUAAAUCUCAGUAAAUACAUUCCUGGCUCAAAAUUAUCAGGAUCAGGCCCUGCUUCUCGUAGCCUGUCAUUCUGUGUCCUGACAUUGCUAGUUACUAGGUAUGUCCAGUGCUUCUUCUCCCUACAUAACCCCACAGACUGGUGGAAUAAAAAAUGCCCAAAGCUUGCAAAAUUUUAGAUUUGGAAGAUCUGCUUGAAUACUCAUUGCAUAUCUUAUUGUUAGAAUUUUAAUCAGAUAUAAGGAAACCUAAUCAUCUUAUAUUCUGUAGGGAAUGCUUACAUCCCUGUGCUUACAUACGUGAGUAAAGUUACCUACACGUGCAUCAGUAAGGUCAGGUGAUGAUAACCAUGCAUAGCUUCUGCACCUAUUAGAAAAUGAUCCAUUAGAUCCAAAUGAAAACCAUUAGAAAACGAUCUCAACUUUAAAAUUAUAAGUAACCUUUUGGGGUUUUUUUAAAAUACACAUAGAGCUCUUUGCUUGUUCAUUUGUUUUCUUUCCUUUGCUUGUAAAUCCUUGUAGGAUUUUCAUCAUAUCUAGAGUAUUAAUGUGGAAAGAAAGAGUAUUUCCAAGCACUGACUUUUCACUCCCACUUAUGUUUCUAAUGUACUACAUACCAGUGUGUAAUAUAACUGCUGUUUAUAUCUGUCCUUAUGCAACAGCAUUAUUGAUAACAUCAGUACUUGUCCAGCUCCAGGAGGAAUUUUGCUUUAAGUGGUGCAGGGAUAGUUUUUCCACAUUGGGUUUUUAGAGUGAUUUCUCUUUUUAGUACAGAAAUAAAUAGAUCAUGAUUCUGUAAAUGGAUCUUUCAGGCAAGGUUAAAGUAAAGCUUUUUAAAAACAGAAGUGAUGAAAGAUUAGCAAAAAUAGGGAGUAAUGGAUCUCUCAUACUGUGAGAAACCUGGCAAAUAUUCUGGCCUUGUAGAAAUCAGCUGAAAUUGGGAUUCGCUUGUGAAUUUCACAGUGAAAGCAGUAUUUUACCGGCUGCAUAAACGUAUGAAAAGGAGUAUUCAUACCCAGAUUUUGUCUACAUGUCUAAGUCUUACAUAGGCGAGAACAGGGUUUAGGGCACGGAAGAAGCUGUGUGAAUCACAUGUAAAGCAUGUACCCUGACAUGUGUGUUAAAAAAUACCUGGAUAUUUGCAUGUAUGGGUGGCAUUAUUUUCCUAAUUGCCUGAGCAUAAGGAAGAGCUACAGUUGCACUCCGGAUUCCCCCCCACCUCCACUGUGGAGUGAGUCUGGUGCAUGUAAAAAACAUAGCAAUAACCUUGAGUUGAGCCUUGGAUGCACCUUAUGCAGCCCAGUGACGCAAACGUGCCUCAGCCUGGCUUGGAGACAUCUCGGAGUGACAGUCCCCAGAUCAGAGGCCACAUUUGCCAUUUUUUAUUUGGAAGCCUUCUGGGUGCAGAGCCCAGACCACCAACGGGUCACGUACUCAGCGACGGUGACGACUUUCAGACUUAGCAGCUGGCUCCCCUUAAUGUAGGACUAAAUGCCCCAUGGCCCAGGACAUCCAGCUGAUGCUUUCCCUUGCAAUGGGAAUAUGCAAUGAGAAGUACACAGGCUAAUUGUUUAUUUUAAAUAACUCAAAUUAGGAAGACGUGAGUAGACUCUUGCUUCUUUAUGGGUAGCAAAUCAUGUCAGAAGGAGAGCUUCUUGAACUGGAUAAAAAUCAUUUGAAUUUUCCCCUGUUCUGUGGCUAGCAAAUGAAAUACUGCAUGUAGUGAUUAUUUGGAAUCAGAUGGGUAAUUUAAUGAGGGACCAGCUGUCACAAUAUUCAGAGUUGAACAUUUUAUUCUUUUUUUCCCUUUACCAGUCAAAAUGAAUUUUCAGCUGAUACAUGUUGCAAUGAUUUCUAUUUCUCAGAUCAGUUAAUUAUUUUUAAGUGUUAUCUCCUGUGCCUAGUCAGCUCUUGAUUCUUUUUUGUUGUUGUGGUCGCUAUAUAUGGCCUGGAUUCUUCAAGAUUGGACACUAUAGAUUUGCAUUUGGAGAAUAUAAAAUAGAGCUUAAUGAUGUUAAAAAAAAAAAAAAGAGGUAAAUUUAUUUUUCUUUAAUUCAGUGUAAGUGAUGAUAUAACCAUGGCUCCUGUCCCAAAUAUGCUUGGGUUUGGUUGGGGGCUAAGGAUGAGAAUCCUGACAAAGCACAUCUUUCAAAUAAACCCCAAAAAACCUCUUUCAAUGGUGACAGCUCGUUUAUCUUCUAACUGAUCAUACCAAGGAUCUAAUUCAGGAUUUAAUGAUACGAAACAGCUAUAAAAAGUCAGUACACGCAGAGAUAAAUGAGUGAGCUAGAUUUAAAUUUUAGCACGUGCAGCUUUCUCUACUUUCCCGACAUUAGUGGCUCGGUGGUAUAAGCUGCUGCUUAUGCCAGUUGUCCUGCUCAAACUUUGAUGGAACCACUCACAUGAGGUCAUUUUUUUGGUAGGAUUUCACCCUGAUCUGGGUGAAAUGUAUAAUUUAUCUGAGGUGUGACAUUAUUUGGCCAAUACAUAAACUGAGUAAAUAGAGCAAAAUAUAGAGGGUCUGGUGAAAUUACCAAAAUGGUAUUUCAACCUGAAAAACAAGAAAAAAGUCCUUAUCUAAAAUAGCGCUUUGAGUGCAUGCAUGCAAAUUAUCUGCUAUUAUCUUGGAAACAAAUUACAGUAACAAAUUUAGAGAAAACAAAUGGGUUGUCUGCUCAGCACAUUAAAACUCUGAUCCUGCAAACGCAUCCACAUUUGUUUGAAAUAAAGCCUGCACAGAGGUAAUUUUGAACAGAUUUAAGAAUAAAGUAAUGUCCUUCAGGAAAGUGGGGCUGCUAAUAUGCUAAAACCAUGCUCAAGCCUGGACAGUCUAGAAGCUCAAAUUUUAAAGAUUUUACCAAUGCAGGAGCAUGUUUACGUAUCUAGUACUGAUAUGCAGAACAGAUUUGGCUUUCUUCUGUUUCUUACUUUAUUAGAGCAUUGUUCACUACUACAUGAGCUAUUUUUGUGAACUUGUCCUUCCAUCUUGUUUUCAGUUGUGCAGCCAUAGUUCCCUCAACAUAGCUAACAACAGCUUUGCAGUUUUAGUCCAAACUUCUGUUUGGUCACUGUCUUCAUUUAAGCUUAAGAUGUGUAAGAAAGCCUCUCAUGUAAUGGGAAAACUUGCCAUAAAAAUGUAUAAAAGUUUUCUUGGGUCCAUCUUUUCACAUUUAAUAAAAAUGCAAUUUUCAGUUAUAAUUUGAAAUGGUCACUUUCUAGCCACUAUUUAAUGUCAAUGUGGAAAAGAAAUUGAGAAAACAAAUUACCUUUUUUUUUAAAUUUAUGUAUUUGAAUUCAGCAUCAUAAAUACUUGCUGAAAGACAUGGUUUGGGGGAAAUCAGAUCAAAACAAGAUUUACUACCUAGUUGCUGUGAAUACUACAGCUGGACUUUAUGUUGAAAGCUCCUUCCACAUCCCCAACAGGGGAUUGCCUAACAUCUGAUACGCAUCAUUUUGUAAGAGCCUGAUUCACAAAUCGUCAUUUCAUUCGUCCUGUUCCGUGUUUUCACUGUGUCUCGUGGAUGAUUCAGGGUGCCCCUUAGCUGUGCAGGGUUCUGCGGUUGUCUCUCAGAAGAGGAACCGGGUGGUCAAGCAGGCUUGUUCACAGGGUCUGGUAAUUAAGGACUGGAUAAUAUAUCCACCAGGUGUGCGCUCAGAAACAAGGUAUUUGUACGCUACCUCGCUGUUCUCUUGAGAACUUGUACAAUUCUUCUUGCCGUUAGGUCUGCGGCUCCUGUAAGGUUUUACAAUGCCGAGACAAGAAGCUUAAUUUUGCUAGGAGAAAAUUCUCGGCAGUUGAGCACCAGUUUUCAUAGAGAAUCAGCACAAAACAUGGGGAUUUUUGAAAGGUGAUGCAUUUUCUCAAUAACCUGGGUGUACUAGGAAAUAGACCAUACGAUUUAGAAGUUUGGUCUGUUACAGAUAUAUAGAGUCCCUCAGAUGAGGAGGGAAUUAUAACAAUAACCCAUGACCAAAGCUAUGUUUGUCCCUAUAGAGUGAAUCAUCAGUAAUUGCUUUUGAUAUGAAAAUUUAUUGCUAUGGAACAACUGCUCCGAUCCUUGAGUAGCCAAGUUAUCAACUGCAUGAACUGGAUAUUUGUAGGCUUUAUUUCUGUUGUUUAAAUCUUCGUGUUUUCUUCUCUCGCGUUUGGAUUUUCCCAUGAAAUGUACUGUGCCAGAUCUUUGCACAAAAAUAGGAAGAGUUUGCCCAAUAAACGUACAGAAAGUUGUUCACAUCUGUAACUAGAGCCCUACUAUAGAGAGAUUACUUCGUUAGAGACAUUGAGCAUCACAACAGACGUGGAGUGGCAGUGCAGUAUCCCUGAGAGCUGACAUAGCUUGAAACAAAAUCUGAUUAUUUGCCAUGCAGAUUGAAGGAAAAUAAAAUCCAAAUAAAGGAUGUUUAAUUGAGGUAGAAAUUUACUAAAGCUGUAAUUUACUAGGGGAGUUUGAAGAGUGUGUUACUGAUAACAAGCUGCUUAGCAGCGAAACUGUUAGCUAGGACUCAGUAGCUGCUCUCUUUUGUAACGCAGAGGUGCACCCUGCAGAGUCGUAAUCCCCAGCAGAGAGGUUGGGUUUCUUGAUCGAGGCAGGUUGUGAGCCAGGGACUGCGAUAUCCACAGGCCAUGCUUUUUGUUACAGGUGGGCACAGUGCAGGUGCCCUUCCCGUGGGUGUCAAGAGUCCAUCUCUAACAGGAGCACAGAGCACGCCCGACAGUUUAGUGGAAAGAAAGAGCAGUGUUUGUUGAAUUGCAAUCUGAGAACUUGACAUUCAGAAAGUGGGUGUAGGCUGUUCCCAGGUCUAUUCUCAUUUUUCUGAUUAACUUCUUACUUUUGAUUUGAUUUACAUUAAUGGUUAAGGAAGAGAGUAAAAGUUCCUAAACUAGGGCUGAAAUACGUGGAAGAGUGGCAUGAGUCAAGUGGAAGCUGGAGCUUUCUGUUAGUUCAGAAUCAAGUAAAUUACUUUUUAUUCAGGACAAAAAGCAUCCACACAACAAACAUUUUUAGCCUUGUAGUGGCUAUUUGAGAGGUGUGAACCAAAAUGCUCUAUAUGCUCAGAGACCAACUCUGAGGGCUUUUUUUGUGGCAAGUAUCCCCUUGCAAAAAUGUUGCAGUGCAUCUAUUUUGUGCAUGUUUGCCUAAAAACACACAAAAAAAAAAUCAAUUUCUUUUAUAUGGACUGUUGUACAUGCAUCUGGCAAACACUCAUUUCUGGCGGGGAGAGGAGGAAGAUUUGGUAGCUGGUGGGUUAGCAUAUUUAUGUGAAUUACUUAAAGCAUUGGUAAACUAUUGUCAACUUUGUUCACAUUGCACAAGAUACUCGUGUAGUCUACUGCUGGCAUUAUAACCUCAGUGAUCCAUGCAUAUUCUGUAAAUUCCUGUAGGUUUUGUGUAAGAAACCUUGUCACCAUUGCUUGCUUACUGUAAAUUCUUGUUCUGAAGCAAGAGGUGGCUUUUGAUUGUACAGCCAUGUGUAUUAUAUACUACAACAGUACUUGUUCUGUCCUCAAAACUUGCUGUUCACAUAUAGUUAAAGCUUUGUUAAGCACGCUUAGUGGUUUCAGAAUUUAUUUCAAACAGCAGAUAUAUAAGCCAUUUACAGGAAUAUUAAAUGUGACCUAAGAGAAUUCAACCCAGUUCAUACCCUUUUUUUGAGAGCUGGGGUUUGGAUUUCAGCAGACCACAGGCAGGUUAGCACAUUUCGUGGCUCCGUGCCGGGUGCGCCGUGCACGGUGCCUGCCAGCCUGGGAGAGCAGGGAGCUGCGCAGGAGGGAAAGCCUCUCCUCUCCCCCUCCCCAGGCAAAGGUGGGCUACAGGCCCUCACCAGGCUGUCGCCAGCCUAUAGGCUUCCUUGCACUAAGUGAGGAAAGAGGCAUUAGCUUUUCCUCUGCUGACUUUGGGGUUUUUUUCCCAAAAACUUCUGCAUCAGUGCCAGGACAGAAACCCAUCUCUAAGGGCAUGCAGAGGGAAAAGCACUGCCUCCGUAUUGUGUCUUCAUCCCCAGCUAUGACAGGCUUUGCGUGAGGCAGUGCUUUAAUGGGAAUUUAGUUAUUUGUCUGUUUAUCAAGACAGAAAAAUAACCUGAAUUCUUGAACUCUGGAUUCUUUUUUUAUUAGUAUACACAACAAAGACCUGAAAAAUGUGUAUGUCUUUGCUGGUUUCUAACAUCAGAAACUUAAGUCCUGUCUAGACUGAAAAGCAAUGAUGGGAAAAGUGAAAAA